UUCGUACUCAUUUGGGGGCAUUACGUCUCAGUACAGAACUGUCCCCGAUUAGAAGACAUAUAGUUCUCGCCGAAUUCUAGCGCUGAAAAAAGGUGUACUUUUCUUGACUGAACGCCCAGGGGAUCUGUCAGUAUGAAAAAGAACGUCAAAUUGAUCCUUGCUUUGCUGCUGCUAGAGGUAUACACUGUAACAUCGAAAUCACUUCGCAAUAGCGAGGAAGCCGCGGCAGAUGUAAGAGAUGACCAAGGCUUGAAGGAUCUGGCGCGGCAACUCGUGAAGAGUAAAGACUCUGGACACAUUGAUUGCGACAAUAUCUUGGUGUGGGACGCACUGCUACAGGAAGAAGGGAACCAAGAGAAAACCAUCACGACAUGUGGCCUCUGCUCCCACGAUGAGUUCCUGAAGAUGCACAUGCCGCUGUUUGAGAGGCACUGUGGAUAUGGCAAGGGCGGAUUUCCGUCCAUUUGCUUCAACCCUGCCGGAUGGGAGAACCUCCUGUACAGCUUCAAGGAGGAGCAGCUUGUGAAAGCAUGCGCCCUGUGUGACAAUGGGAUGUUCAAGAGGGUUCAUCCAGACAUCUUCGAGGAGAAUUGUGAACAUGAUGGAGAGGAUGAGGAAGAAGAAACCAGGGGAGCAGCUGAAGAGGAAGGAGGGGAGGAUGAGGAAGAGGACACUAGGGGAGCUGCUGAAGAGGUUGAGCCUGAUCAUGAGGAGGAUACCCGAGGGGACAAAUUGGACUUCAUUGACAAGGGCAAGACCGAUGAUGAUGACUUAGUCCUGGCAGUAGAGCAGUUCGUGCGGGACACUGCUAAAAACAUGGAGGCUCUGGCUGACAGGCUGGACCGCUACGAAAAGCAGCAGAAAAUACAGGAAUGGAAGCCAUAACGGAUGCUAAGUUCAAAACAUCCUCUUCACAUGAUCAUGAAAUCUUUGAAUCCUGAAAAAAUAAGAGUAGAGUGUACGCACCUUCAUAUGUAAGGAAACGUAUUAUAGUAGCACAGAAUGGCUAUUUAGGUAGGUUAGGUACUCACUUGAUAUAACUGCGGAAUUCGAGAAUAGAUAGUUCAUAGCAAUAAUUAUAAGUUGCAGUUACAUUUUGGGAAUCUCAUGUCGGUAGGUUUCAAAACGGAUGUGGUGUUAGUGAAAGGGUACUAUUUUCACGUUUGAUGAUUUUGAUCAUGAUUUAACGUUACAAGAAAAUUCGAAAAGGAUCAUCGCAUUGACGUAGUAAUCUAAGCUUGAACGUUUAGUAAUUAACAACGUAGCUUAUAGAAAUGUUACAUUUAGACAGAUCAUAAUGAUUAAGUUUAGUGGAUUUCAAGCCAAAGUACUGGAAAUUAGUAAAGAGAAGUGUUUGGUAAAUAAAAUGGAUCAUCUUAAUGGUC